AUGUGGCGCCAAAUCAAAGGUCGUGUUACAAAACAAUACAAACGUGUUCAAAAAUGGAUUUCACACACUUUUGGACCACACUUGUUGCGGACAUUCAAAUUUGGCAGUGAGGAUAGUUUGAACUCGGAUGGCAAGAAAAUCGAAUCACCAAAAGCUUUCGGAUGUCGUUUGUUUUCAGCGGAGAGCGGGUGAGUUUGAUUGUUGAUUGUCGAAUGCUGCAGAUCUGAAAAUUUUAGAUUCUUGCUGCUAUAUUUUUUUCUAGAGAAAUCUAGAAGUUGCAGCCGAUCAUACAGAUCAUACAUAUAUAGAUCUUACAGGCUAGAUCUUUUAAUUUUAGAGCCCACAAUCUCAAAGUCUCUGAUCUUGCAGUCUUAGAUCUCAAAGACGAUAUCCACACCUCUAGACUUCAAAAUCAAUAGUGACUCAUUUUCAAAAACAAUUGAAUAAUCCAAAAAACUUUUAAAAAACUUUUAUGAGUUUUUUGUGUCUCGUUAAUGGAUCCACAGUGCCUUCACAAAAAGUCAAUCGAAAAAAAACUUGGUGGUUUAUGAAACGAAAUCUGAAAACUUAUCAUUAUUGAAAACCAAUUUAAUUGGAAAAUAAUGAUAAGGUUCUCAAGGAAAAAUAAUUGCUUGAAGGGUGGUCUAUGAUCUUGGGGAGUUUGCAAGUGAUUCGCGCGAAGUGCCGCGAUAUUCCGCGAAAAGACCACCCACGAAGUAUUGAUCUUGCGUUACGAACUGAAACUUCGAAACAAAGUCUUUUUAUUUUGAUUUUUUUCAUUGUUUUCUGUGAAUUUUCAGCCGAUUGGUCAAUCAUCCAAAAUGCACUCAUGUUUUUCAUCCAGGAGAUCAGAUUGAGCAAACGUAAGUUGAAAAUUUUCAAAUUCUGAAUCUCAACAUCAUAUGUAAUCUCUCAGAUGCAUGGUUGUCAAACUUCUUGGAGUUGGAGCAUAUGGAAAAGUAUACAAAAUGCUCUCAUCAAAAACAAUGAAAUACUUUGGUGCCAAAAUGACGUGCAAUGUCAAUCCGGGAGGUGAUCGUGGUGCAUUGAAGGAGUUUGAGAUUUGUCAAGAGUUCAGCAAGAAUGAGAACUUCAAGUUCUACAAAAUGUAUUUUGGUGAGUGAGGAUUCUAGGGAAAUACAGAGAAUGCGCCAAUCUAAUCACAAAAAAUCAAUAUUUUUAGCUGCACCAUUCGACUUUUUCUAUUACAAAAAGCACAGUUUCUUAAUGAUGCAACUAUUCGAAUUCGAUUUGCGAGCAGCUCUUCAAAACAUGUUUGAUCUCAACCAAAUCAGAACAAUUAUUCACAACGUUGGGUGUGCUUUGGAAUUCCUACACACUCUUCCGGAUCCAAUUAUUCAUGCUGAUCUCAAGCCAGAAAAUAUUAUGAUCCGCAAAAAUGGUUCAAACUCAUUCAGCUGUGUUCUUGUUGAUUUCGGAAUCUCGAUGAGAGUUUCAGACGAGACCAACUAUUGCAUUCAAACUCUCGAAUACCGCUCGCCGGAAAUUCAUUUGAGAACUCAAUUUGAUCCAAGAAUUGAUAUUUUCAGCUUGGGUCAGUUUGGUGAAGAUUUCAGAAAAAUUGUAUACAUAUGUUUUUCAGGAAUCAUUGGAAUGGAAAUUUUUGCUGGAAACAAUUUCUUGUCUGACAAAACUGCUAUUCAACAAUUGAAGGCACUUAUUGAUCUUGUUGGAAUUCCAAAAGGGUUUAUCCCAAUUUCUGGUAAGUUUGAGGAAAUCCUAAGACUUCUGAAGCAUCCUGAAGCCUUAUGAAGCCUCCUAAAUUUUUUAAAAUCUUUCUAAAGCCUGCUGAAGCCUCCAAAAACCCACCAAUAAAACUGUAUGUAAAUUAAAAUUUCCAGAAGCGGAAGACACUCGAAAAUGGAUCAAAAGUGCUCAUUUCACACAAGCCAAAUCACCAGAAAGAGCAUUCACAAGAAUUCAAGAAUGCUUGAAAAUCAGCCAACAUUUCAGAGAGUUUCUUGAUUUGUCAGACAGAAACAUUCAUUAUUCUGAUCAUCUUGAUUUUGUUGUAAGUUUAUUUUUUUAAACUUUUUUUUGGUUUCAAGACAAAAACAUUUUUCCAGGAGCUCAUUGAGCAAAUGAUCAGAUUCGAUUAUCAAGAACGUCUAACAGCUUCCGAUCUCUUGAAAAACAAAUUCUUCGCAAAACGCUGCUAA